CCGCCCCGAGGUCAGCCAGUUCGCGCUGCUCGUCGCCCGCCUCUCCGUCCGUCCGGUCCUUCCGUCCGUCCGUCCGGCCCCUUUGCAGCCACCAUGUCCAUGCACUUCAGCUCGCGCUCGGCCGCCUUCCCGGGACGCCUGAGCUCGGGGCGCCCAGGCGCCUUGGGCAGCAGCAGCAGCAGCCUCUAUGGCCUGGGAGCAUCCCGGCCGCACGUGGCCCUGCGCUCUGUCCACGGGGCUCCCGUGGGCGCCGGCAUCCGCGAGGUCACCAUCAAUCAAAGCCUGCUGGCCCCGCUGCGGGUGGACAUCGACCCCGCCAUGCAGCUGGUGCGCCAGGAGGAGCGCGAGCAGAUCAAGGCGCUCAACAACAAGUUCGCCUCCUUCAUCGACAAGGUACGUUUCCUGGAGCAGCAGAACAAGAUGCUGGAGACCAAGUGGACUCUGUUGCAGGAGCAGAAGUCAGCCAAGAGCAGCCCUCUCCCUGGCGUCUUUGAGGCCCAGAUCUCUGGGCUGCGGAGGCAGCUUGAGACGCUGCAGGCGGAUGGGGGCCGCCUGGACGUGGAACUGCGGAACAUGCAGGAUGGAGUGGAAGACUUCAAGAAUAAGUACGAAGAGGAAAUCAACCGGCGCACCGCUGCGGAAAAUGAGUUUGUUGUGCUGAAGAAGGACGUGGAUGCUGCCUACACGAACAAGGUGGAAUUGGAGGCCAGUGUGAACAGUCUGAAUGAUGAGAUCAUGUUCCUUAGGAGCCUCAAUGAGAUGGAGUUGACAGAGCUGCAGUCCCAGAUCUCAGACAUAUCUGUGGUCCUGUCCAUGGACAACAACCGCUCUCUGAAUCUGGAUGGCAUCAUUGCUGAGGUCAAGGCCCAGUACGAGGAGAUAGCCAACCUCAGCCAGGCUGAGGCCGAAGCCUGGUACCAGACCAAGUUUAAGACUCUCCAGGCUCAAGCGGGCAAGCACGGGGCUGACCUCCGGAACACCAGGAAUGAGAUUGCCGACAUGAACCGUGCCAUCCAGAGGCUGCAGAGCGAGGUCGACAACGUCAAGAACCAGCGUGCCAAGUUGGAGGCCUCCAUCACCGAGGCUGAGGACCGUGGGGAGAUGGCGCUCAGGGAUGCUCGUGGCAAGCAGGAGGAGCUGGAGGCCGCCCUGCAGCAGGCCAAACAAGACAAGGCACGGCAGCUACGCGACUACCAGCACCUCUUGAACGUCAAGCUGGCGCUCGACGUCGAGAUCACCACCUACCGCAAGCUGCUGGAGGGCGAGGAGAGCUGGUUGGCCGGAGAUGCAUUGGGAGCUGUGAACAUCUCUAUGAUGAAAUCUACCGGGGCCAGUGGCAGUGGGCUUGUCUUCGGGGGAACCAUGGGCAGCAAUGCUCUGAGCUUCUCCAGCAGCGGGGCACCCGGGGCUCUCAAGGCCUCUUCCAUUAGGACCACAUCCACUGCCCGCAGGAACUUCAACUGAGCUGUGGGCAUGGAGAGACCCUUGUGCCCCACCGUCCAUGCCACAGGAAGACCCCUUCCCACCUCACAUCCCUGUCCUCACACUGAAAGGUGGUUGAAAUGACCGUCAGACCAUCUUCAAUAAAAACAAAACAAAAUUCCA